AUGUCGUUGUUUCGAUUUAUGUGGCUUCGACGAUUUGUCCGGAGGCAUACCACACCAAUCCCAUACAGAAAAGCCAAUAAAUACAGAAAUUGGCUGAGUGUAGCGUACGCACUGUGUGCUUGGAAUAUGCUCGGCUAUAUCGUAUGGGUAUAUUCAAGUGGAAAAUUCACAAAGGAGUCAUAUGGGUUACAGAAUUCAGAAAUUGAUAUGCUAACGCCAGCUCAACAAUUUGCUUUGGCCAGUGGAAUUCAAAAAGCUAAAAUUAUUCGAAGCAGCAACAUCACGGAAACAGUGGACUUUAAAUUGGAAGACUUUGAGCAUUUGAAGAAGAAACCAGUAGAUCCUCUUGAUGAAGAUGACGAUGAAGACAAUGUUGCCUAAUUCGGUUUAGCAUGUGCCCGAUGUUUAAAUUAAUUUAAAUGUGUAAAAAAAUUUAGUCAAUGUUAGACUGUCAAAAGAUACAUACUGAAUUGUGUUUGAAUUGUUCAUCAUGAGUCGGUUAAUUGCUGUUGGCGACCACCACAAAUCAUACGAAAAGAUUUUUUUUUGCUAUAUGGAGUUUAAACCAUGGAAAACUUCACCAUUAAAAACCAUCUGAUUCAAAAAAUUACAACUGAAUUUUUACCCGGAACAUUAAAGUAUCUGGUAUUUUGUGUGAGACCAUUUAUUAUUAUUUUAUUCAAAUAAAAUCAACCGUCAUGGUUCAUUUUCAUAGAACUGAA